AGCUGAUCUGAGAACAUUCUGCACCUUUUUUCUUCUACGCCAAAACACGCACAAACACAACACAUUUCGAUCAAAUAUCACAGUCAAAUCAAUCGACACACAAAAACUGUAUCAUUCAUCCCGAUUUUCAUCAAAUUACAGCAAUACAAACACGCAAAGAGAAUCAUAUAUGUGUAUGUAUACACGUACGUUCAUGAUUUGGUGUAUUCAGAGACCAAAUUACCGUUUCUAGGGUUUCAAUCACAAUCAUCGGUUGAUACGAAUGACAUUGUUACGGAACAAUAACUCUUUAAUUCUUCCAGAUUUUCAUCGAAUUACAGUAAUCCAAACACACACAGAGAAUCAUAUAUGUGCAUGUACACACAUACACACAUGAUUUGGUGAUUUGCGAGGCCAAAUUACCGUUUCUAGGGUUUCAAUCACGAUUACCGAAAUUGAAAUCAAUUGACACAAGAACUCGUUAAUCAUUUCAGAUUUUCAUCGAAUUACAGUGAUAAUAUUUGUGUAUCUAUACACAGAAUGACAUUGUUACCGAACUGAAAUCAAUUUACAAAACACACACUGAGAAUCAUAUAUGUGUAUGUAUACACGUACACACAUGAUUUGGUGGAUUGAGAUGCUAGAUUGCUGUUUCUAGGGUUUCAUUGAUUGAUACGAAUGGCAUUGUUACGGAAAUUGUGCUACAAGAAGCCGCCUGAUGGACUUCUAGAAAUUUCUGAACGAGUUUAUGUCUUUGACUGUUGUUUCACUACUGAAGCUUGGGAUUAUGAAAAUUACGAAGAGUACGUGGGAAACAUAGUACGUCACCUUAAGGAUCAUUAUUCCGAUGCCGCGAUCCUGAUUUUCAAUUUUCGCGAGGGAGAUACUGCAAGCCAACUUGCCUCCGCUUUAGCAACUCACGAUAUGACCAUAGUUGAAUAUCCUCGUCACUAUGAAGGUUGUCCAUUGCUCUCCAUGGAAGCCAUCCACCAUUAUCUAAGAUCAUGUGAAGCCUGGCUUACAUUUGGAAUGCAAAACGUUCUUGUAAUGCAUUGUGAACGCGGUGGUUGGCCUGUUUUGGCAUUCAUGUUGGCCGCACUAUUAAUUUAUAGUAAACAUUACUCUGGCGAAUCGAAGACAUUAGACAUGGUUUAUAAGCAAGCUCCUAGUGAGCUAUUAUACUUGUUUUCACCACUAAAUCCUUUACCGUCUCAAUUGAGGUACUUACAAUAUGUAUCGAGGAGGAAUGUGGGUACCGAAUGGCCACCGUUGGAUCGAGCACUCAGUUUGGAUUGUGUGAUGAUGAGUAUGAUUCCUGACGUUGAUGGACACGGCGGUUGCUGUCCGAUUUUCAGGAUUUAUGGACAGGAUCCGUACAUGCCCGGUGAUAAAACUACCAAACUUUUGUUUACAACCCCGAUGAGGAGUAAGAAUGUUCGAUACUACAAACAGGCAGAUUGUGAACUGGUUAUGAUCGAUAUCGAAUGCCAUAUUCAAGGUGACAUUGUACUUGAGUGUAUCGGCUUGCAUGAAGACUGGGAGCAUGAAAAUAUAAUAUAUCGUGCUAUGUUCAACACAUCAUUCAUCAGAUCAAAUAUUUUAAUCCUUAAUCGUGAAGAAAUCGACGUGUUGUGGGAUGUUAACUAUCAAUUCCCUAAUGACUUCAAGGCUGAGUUUCUUUUCUCGGAAAUGGAUGCUGCAGCUUCUGUAGUCCCCGUAGAUUCGUACUUUUUUGAGAACUCAGAGGGUCUACCUAUUGAAGCAUUUGCUACAGUCCAAGAGAUGUUUAAUAGUGUAGAUUGGCUAGAUCCUAAAAGCGAUGAAGCGUUUAACGCACUCCAUCAGAUAGCUGCAUCAGAAAUUGGGCAGGAUAAAAAGCGUAUCGAAUUAUUAGAAAAUGCUCCAAAGAGCCCUAUUCACUUGGCUAAGGAGAAUGUAAAGCCCCUUGGUUCCCAACCAUCCUUAGAUAGUUCAACAAGUCCUAUCGCUUCGCCAACAUCUACGCCAUCUCAUAAUCUUUCGACUCAUGAACCCGUGCAUCCUUACCUUCGUGGGAAGCAUGUUUCCAGUGAGAAAGAAUCUCCAUUGGCCAAGUCUGACCACCCUUUCCAGAAAUUGAAAGAUAUCGACGUUAAAACUCUUCCACCCCAUUCACCUUCUCAAUCUGGUUCUCCAAGUUGGUCCGCAUUCCCACCCGCUAUCCUGUCACCUAGACCGCCAUUGACCGAUAUUGAUACCAAAGCUGCACCACAAACACCAAGUGCACCACGUAGAUCACCAACUUCUUCACCAUUUAUAGAGAAGGUAGAUAUGGGGGGUGGGUCCACUCCACAACGGUCCCCGAUUCAUCCGAUAUCCCGACAAGAAGAGUCAGUUAUGAAACCUGGACCUUCUCCGCCAACGCCACCUCCUCCAACUGCACCUAUGAAAGAGAAAACCGUUCUACCAUCACCAGUAUCACCGCCUCCUACGGCUGCACUUGUGAAAGAGAAGCCAGAAACGAAAUCUGGAUCAUAUACACCCGUUCCACCACCACCACCGCUACCGCCACCUCCUCCAAUUGUAUCCUUGAAAGAGACACCAUCAACACCAACUGGACCUGCACCACCACCACCACCACCAGUGCCUGCUCCUCCGCCACCACCAGCACCUGCUCCUCCGCCAUCUUCAGCUCCACCACCUCCCCCUCCUCCAAUACCACAUUCUGCUAAUCAAAAUGAAAAGGGGGGUGUCGUACCACCACCACCACCGCCAUCAAAAGGGGGCGGUUUGCCUGGUGCUCCAGCUCCUCCACCACCGUUAGGUAGGGGACGUGGUUUGUCACUGGCGACGUCAAAAAAUCAAAAUGCAAAGAAACUGAAGCCUUUACAUUGGUUAAAACUAACAAGAGCGGUACAAGGAAGCUUGUGGGAUGAAACACAAAAAUCUGAUGAAGCUGUGAAGACACCAGAGAUUGAUAUAAAGGAACUUGAGAAUCUUUUCUCAGCAGCGAAUCCUAAUUCAGACAAAGGGGCUGCAAAAUCAAAACCCGCAUCAAAAGCAAACAAGCCUGAAAAAGUCCAACUGAUUGACCACCGGCGGGCAUACAACUGUGAGAUUAUGCUUUCAAAGGUGAAGAUACCAUUGGACGAACUAAUGGAUUAUGUGCUUGCUUUAGAUGAGUCAGCACUGGAUGCUGAUCAGGUGGAUAACCUCAUAAAGUUUUGUCCUACAAAAGAGGAGAUGGAAACACUGAAGGGUUAUAAAGGAGAGAAGGAUAAAUUGGGCAAAUGCGAACAGUUUUUCAUGGAGCUAAUGAAAGUUCCACGUACAGAAUCGAAGCUCAGAGUUUUCUCUUUUAAGUUACAGUUUGGAUCACAGGUUUCUGAUCUUAGGAAGAGCCUAAACUCCGUAAACUCAGCAGUGGAGCAGGUCAGGAGUUCCUCUAAAUUUAAGAGAGUCAUGCAGACGAUUCUCACUCUUGGAAAUGCUCUGAACCAGGGGACAGCAAGAGGCGCUGCUGUUGGAUUUAGAUUGGAUAGCCUGCUCAAACUUACAGAUACCCGUGCAAGGAAUGCCAGAAUGACUCUCAUGCAUUAUCUUUGUAAGGUGCUUGCUGACAAACUACCCGAACUUCUUGACUUUUCCAAGGAUCUUCACAGUCUGGAACCUGCAUCAAAGGUACAACUGAAAUUUUUGGCAGAGGAAAUGCAAACUAUUAGCAAAGGACUCGAGAAAGUUGUCCAGGAAUUGUCCACGGCUGAAAAUGAUGGACCCGUCUCUGAAAAAUUUCUAAAGGCAUUGAAGGAGUUUCUUUGUACAGCAGAAGGUGAAGCAAGGGCUUUGGCUUCACUGUAUUCUUUGGUGGGUAAGAAUGUCGAUUCUUUAAUUCUCUACUUUGGGGAGGAUCCUGCCCGUUGCCCAUAUGAACAUGUUGUUUCAACUUUGUGCAACUUUGUGAGAAUGUUCAAUAAAGCACAUGAUGAAAACUGCAAGCAACUCGAGGCCGAUAAAAAGAAGGCUGAGAAAGAGAAGGAAUCUCCAAAUGAAAUGUCGAAACCUACUGAUUCCAAAACCGAGUCCGAACCUACGAAAAACUCUCUAACCAAAACUGUCAAAUAAAUUUUAACUUCAUUAAUUUAUUUUUACCGGUGGGACAAAAAGGGCUCUGGGGCCUUUAUGUCUAAAUGGAUGUAUAUCAACCAUGUAAAGUUGUAUACUAUCACUGUUUGUUUCUGCUGCUGCUGCUGCAACAACUUUUAUGGCCAUCGCGUUUCCAUCAAAGCAAAGAUGAAUCAGCACAUGAUGGCAAUUUUGUAAAUAUUUAGGAACCUGGAUAUCGAGCGUGGGAGCUAUACCAUGUUAUAACAGCAUGCUCCGCCUAUGUGUUUGUUUGAACGGUGAGGACAUUCUUGCUGAAGAGGCACUCAAUAAAUAGCGCGGGAAUUGAACUUUAUGUUUUGUAAAUAAGCGAUCGACGACUAUUUUCUUGUUAUCCUCCUCGAAGAGUUGAAUCAUGACCAUAGGCAAUUUAUUAUUAGAAAAAUAGUUAACAAUGUCUGUUAAGAUCCUCA